AUCUCUUUCUUCCUCCACCCAACACUGUCUAUAAAAAUAAAAACCAUAUGAACACUUGCAUCUUCCACUCCCCACUCCAAAUCAAACCCUUUUCUUUUCAAACAAGGAAAGACCCUACCGAGAACUGAUGGAUGGUAGAAGCAGAACUUUCAUGGCGAAGAACUUGUUGCUAUCGUUCUUCUUUUCUGUAUUCAGUUCAAGAUUAAAGCUUUCGACAGCUCAAAUGGUGCCGGCGAUGUUUGUCUUCGGGGAUUCCUUGGUCGACGUCGGGAACAACGAUUACCUCCCGGUCUCGAUCGCGAGAGCAGAUUUUCCUUACAACGGAAUCGAUUUCCCUACCAAGAAACCAACUGGGAGGUUUUGUAAUGGCAAGAAUGCUGCAGAUUUUCUUGCUGAAAAAUUAGGGUUACCAAGUUCACCACCCUAUCUUUCCUUGUCAAAGAAGAAAGAUGCACCGUCGUAUAUCAACGGGGUUAGCUUCGCCUCUGGUGGUGCUGGAAUCUUCAACGGCACGGAUCAAACUUUAGGUCAAUCCAUACCAUUAUCAAAACAAGUGGACAACUACAUUGCAGUGCAGAAAAUUUUUGUGCAGCACAUGGGAUCGUCUGCUGCAGAAAAGCACCUUUCGAAGUCGCUUUUCACCGUCGUUAUCGGUAGCAACGACAUCUUGGAUUACUUCGGCUCGUCGCAUCUUAGAAAGAAGAACACCCCACAACGGUAUGUGGACUUGAUGGCCAACACCCUAAAGGGACAACUCAAGAGACUAUACGAUACCGGUGCUCGUAAAUUCGUUCUCACCGGCAUCGGAGCAAUCGGUUGCGUUCCGGCAGAAAGGGUUAAAAACCAAACUCAUGAGUGCAGCGAAGAACGCAAUUACUGGUCUGACAAAUACAAUGAAGAGCUGAAGGCAAUGUUGGGGGUUAAAUCAGAACUUCAAGGCGUAAACUACUCUUACUUUGACACUUACAGUAUCAUGCAAAGCGUGAUCCAAAAUCCAUCUUCUUACGGUUUCAAAGAGAUAAAGAGUGCAUGUUGUGGGCUUGGGGAUUUGAAAGCUGAAGUGCCUUGUUUGCCCGUUUCCAAGUAUUGCUCCAACAGAAGCGAUCAUGUUUUCUGGGAUCUGUAUCAUCCGACGGAGGCGACGGCUAGGUUUUUUGUGGAUACUCUUUUUGACGGUCCUUCAAAAUACUGUGUCCCAAUGAAUGUUAGGCAAUUAGUUUCUGCUUGAAACUUAUACUGAAAACAUCAAUAUCUUACACUACUAUGUGAAUCAUAUACCUAAUUGGAGACAACAUGACACGAAAAAUUAUGAAUAUACAAUAUGAAUUUAUAAAUUUUUAUAA